AUGAAUAAGACAAAGCGUAUUUUCUAUGUACUACUUAAAAAACCAAAUUAUAAAAAUAAGCUAAAGAAAAAAAACAAGAGACAACUGAAACCAUAUAACACACAUAAUACAGAUGUGUAUAUAGAUAGAAAUAGAAAAACACCUAUAAAAUUGCAAUGA